AUGGCUGCCGCAUCUGAUGCUUCCGUGAACUUCUCCUCGCUGACCUUUUCUCUCCAGGCUCUACUUCAUCGCCAUGAAUCCUACAUGGCCGAGGCGGAGGAGGACCGCCACCACCUGCUCACCAGUAUCGAGAACCUGGAACGCGAAAAGCGGCAGGUCCAGGAGGAGAAUGCUCGCAUCAUCGAAGAGAACCGCGGCUUGCUAGUGCAGCUGGAUGAGCUGAACCGCGCCGUUGCGGAUUCGGAUUCGCGCGCUAAAUCUCUCGCUGCCAGCCUCGAAAGCACCGAGGCGGAGCUUCGCAAAGUGACGGCUGCGGCUGCGCGCGCAGGCGAUCUUGAAGCGCAACUGGCGCGCAUGGAAAAUGAACAAUCGCGUCUACAGGAUUCGUUGCAAUUGGCUCAGGAGGGCUCCAAGUCUGCUGUCCAGCGGUGGAAACAAGCGGAAGCGACCCUGAGAAACCUACAUGACCAAGUCGACCAGAUCGAGAAGGAGGCGCGGGAGGAACGCGAGCGGCAUGCCGACCUGAUCCAGCGGAUGGAGCGGAGGCGAGCGGUUGAACGGGAGCUUGAUGGCGCAGCGGGUCGGUUGAAAGGUGCUGCCGCUGCGCAGGAGUUGACGCGAAAUCAAGGGGGAACCGUCGUCUCUCGCUUCGUCCGCGAUAUCCUACAGGACAACGCGAAUUUACAGAUGGGGAUUGUGGAGCUGCGGGAAAUGCUGGAGAGUUCGAAUCAGGAGGUGCAAAGCCUGCGAGAGCAGAUAUUAUCACAUCAACCUCUGGUGUCGACGGGGGAGGGCGAUGGAGACGCAGAACACCAGCGGGGAACAACUUUGUGUCAAGAGUUGGAGUCGCAUGAAUCACGCCGAGUAUCGCAAGAGUUCCAUAUUCACCACCAUUAUCACACUCCGCCGGUGCCAGUCGGCUUGAGGAAGGAGAAGGCGACGGCCCUCCGUCGUACAAGGAAGAGACGGUCCCUGGGGAAUUCCUCUACUUUGCACUCGGCCUCGGGGACACCUUCGUCUCGGAAGACGAGACAUCGGUCCCAGUCGUCGACAUCUUCCACCUCCACUAUCUUGUCCCAAACUUCCGUCUCGAUCCCUCCUACGUCUCGUCCUUGGUCCUUACAGUCUCCGGCGACAGAUUCGAUCGCGAGCUCGCCGCAGUCAGCCUAUCGCACGUCGUCCAUUUUCGAUCGGGCAGAGCGCGGGUUCGAAUCGUCUCGCGCCACCAGCCCGGAGAGCACUGUGUUUCUAUCCCCCUUACGAGGGACCCGGCACAAAAGUCCGGUAUAUGAUGGCGGCUUCCAAUCAUUCGAAGCUCGCCUGUCCUAUGGCAUUGCUGAUAACGCCCACGAUGAGUUCGUUGACUACCAUGAAUACAGCGAUCCUGAAGACCGGGCAGUUCAGCCGGCUAUUCCCGAGGAGGAGGAUUCUUCUCUACAAUAUACCGCAUCAGAGCGAGCUUGUUCGCCUGCCCCGAACGAAGAGGAUGAUGUUUUUGCUCAGCCGUAUCGGUCGAUGCGCAAAACAUCUCAUGAAAGUCUGUUCUCCGUGGCGGGUAUGGACAUCCAUACCCCCUCUCACCACCCCUCACGGUUGAGUGGAGUAACCUCUGCCUUACCCAUCCGGACCCCUCGUCGCAUAUUGUCGUCUGGUUCGGACGGAUUCUCAGUCCCAGUGAUCGCGACCACCCCGAUCACAGCUGACCGCGAGCCUUCAAAACUCGACCAAUCUCCCCGAUCAUUGCUAGCUUCAAUGGCGGCCAGCUCCGCCUGCGCAGACUCUCCUUCCCGUACCAUGCAAACCGCCCAUUCCGAGUCGACCGUCAUGACGCCUCGGACUUCGUCUCUUGGUCGCCGUGUUGGUGGUUGGGUGCGAGGCCGCUGGGGAACUGCACCGACGCCGUCCGAUAGUCCCGGCCGGACACCAAGGAGAGACUCGCUCUCGUCGGCGUCUUCAGUGUCGUCAAAAGAAACGAACUCGAGUAUGAAGGCCAAGACGCAAGCUAGCUCCACUCUGCGUUUCCGCUACCCAGGAGUAAACCAAAGCGGUCCUAUCAUGGGCUUCCGGCCGCCGCCUCGCGCUCCGGCUCGGGUUCAUGCGGAAAAUAUCGACGAGGGUUUACUCCGGGAGAGUUUAGAAGAAUGA